AUAAUAAUAUCGAUCAAAUCGAAACAGGUUUUAACAAUUUUUGGAAAAUAUUUCUCAUCUUAUUUAUCAUUUUGAUUCUAAUAAUUUUAUUUAUAACGUGCUAUCGUUAUAUACACAGACGAGUCAUUUCCAUUUUAAAAAGGUUCAUUAUAUUUUUGUUCUUAUAAUGUAAUGCGUGUGUAAUAAUAUAUAUAGUAUGUGUGUAGCAUACGCAUAUAAUAUUUAGUUAUUGAUAAUGUAUUAAUAUUUCGUUCAUAAAGCUUAAUUCGACGAAACGAAGAUAACGGCGAUGACAGAUUUUCUAUAAUAGAAGAAAGGGAAAGUGAUUCUUAUGCAAAACGACGAUUUUUAGGACCUAAUAUAUGUAAUUUUUCAAAAUUUCAUGUAAAAUAUGACGGCCAAAAGCACAAACAAUAUGAAAAAAAAUGUAAAUUAAGAACCCUUUUACAGGUAUUAAAAAUAAAAUAUAUUAAAAAUGAUCAUAUUCAAAUAAUCAUGAUAGUUUAGUUUUUAUAACUUAUGUAUAUAUGUGUGUAGAUAUAUAUGUAUGCAAAAAUUUAUGAUUAGGAAAAGAAAAAGUUGCUUGCUCCAUGUGCGAGUAAAAUAGAGACCUCUACUAACAAUUUAACAAAGCAAUUGCCCUUGAAAAUGUUUUUCCCAUCUUUUUCAUCAGCUCAUACUAAGUACAAAAAUGUAUCUAAAACAAUAUCAAACGAAUGGGACAUUAAAGAUCUUGAAGAUUAUGAAAAUAUUUGUAAAAACUCACAUCAGGUACCAAUUAAUAUCAAAUUUCACAAUGAACAUAACUUUUUAAUUGUAUGUUUUUUCUUUUUAGAAUAACAAAGACAUUUGUUUCUCAGAUACAGAUCUUAAAUUUUUAGUAAUGCCAUUAUCUCCAAUAAAAUCUGAUAUACAAAAUGACAAAUUGUUAUUGUGCAAAUGGAAUUCAGGAAAUAUUAACAAUUCUAAAAAACAAAAUAAUGUCAGUUCUAAAUUGAUAGACCUUAAAUUUGAAAACACUGAUUCAUUUAGUGACAGUACACAAAAAUACAAAAUUUCCACUUCUAAGUCAAGUUAUUCACCUUAUCAUUUAUUCACAAAAAAUUUAACUGAUUCAAAAUAUUUCUCAGAUUCUGCAGCUGAUAUGUCGAAUAUUUUAUCAAAUACAUUUUUUAACAAAUUAAAAAGGUUUUCAAUAAUUAACAAAUGUUACUAAACUUUAUUUAAGUUAAUACACUAAUCAUUAUAAACAUUUGUAUAGGUCAACUAAUUCUUACACUAGUUCGACACUAUCUGAUAUGUCUAAUGCAAUUAAAAUAGGAAUUGAUCAAAUACUACAAGUUAACUCAAAAAUAAAAAAUAGUUCUAUAUGUAAUUCAGAUAAAAUUAAUACAGUUAAUAGAGAUAAAUUAAAAGAACUGAAAUCACAAAUAAACUUGAAUGAACAUAAUGCAUAUCUUAAAAAAAUGCAGAAAAGAAUGAAAUCAUCCAUAGAUAUACUAAGAUAUGAAAUAAAAGAAGCUAAAGAAAAAAUAUUGAAAACAGAUAAGAAUUUCAUUGGUACUUCAUUGAUGAAAAAUAAUUGUAAAAAUUCCAUUAUAGAACAAACUAUACUAAAACAAUUAAUUUGUAAUAAUCAUAUUUGUAUUUCAUCAGAUAACACAUCAGAAAUAUCUGAAACCUAUGAUGAAUUGGGAAUAUUGUUCUCACAAUAUAUCAAACUUCAAACUCAGCUGUGUCAAAGAAAGUAUUGUCCUUUAAAGAGAUAUUUGAAACACAAAGUACAACACACUACAAGAAAAUGUCAAACAAAAUUUAAUUAUUCUCGCAUAUAUCCUUAUGACCAGAGACCAACAUGCAAUAAUGGAAAUAUAUGUAUAGACACAUAUGAUGAACUAAAGUUGAUGUGUACUACUCCAACAAAAAGAAAGGAUAUUUACCAAUGCAUGUUUAAAAGGCGGAAACACAUUUUAAAUCAACCAUGCAUCAUAUCUAAUCAAAAUUUUGCAACUGUUGAAUAAAGUUAGAACCAAAAUUGAUUUAAAAUAAAUUUAGAAGGUAAGAUGAUUUUAAUUUAAACAAUUACUUUCUUUUAGACUAUUAUUUUAACCUCUUUUAAAUAUAUCUUUAUGUAAUGGUAGAAAAAUAAACAACAUAUGUUUAAAAAUUUA